AUGAACCCCCAGGCCGCGCUCACAGGGCAGGCGCGGGCGAGCGCGCCAGCCGCCCUGGCCGGCCCCCGCGCGCACGUCCGGCGCGCCCAGGCGGCGCCCCUCGCGAUGCCCUACCGCCACGCCUCCGCGGCGCACCACUCCGGGAGCGCGGCGUGGGUGGGCCACCUGCAGUGGAGCGACGCGCCCGCCGACCCAACGUGGUCCUUCCCGCGCGAGGUGGGCUCCACGGUGCCCGCGCGGCACCGCCUGCACCAGCACCCCUCCCGGCAGGUCGCGGAGCGCAGCACGACCGCCAGCUCGCCCCGGCAGCCGCGGCGCCUCGACCGCGACGCCGCCGUGGCGGAGCUCCAGGCCUUCGUCCAGCGGCACGAGCACGAGCUCAACGGGCGCGUCCCGACGCGGGAGUUCCUGCGCGGCAACGGCCGCGCGGACCUGUGCCAGGCCAUCAAGCUCCUCGGCGGCCCCGCGGCGGUGGGCCAGCUUUUGGAUCUGGACUGGCAGCCCAACCGGUGGCGGACGUGCCCGGGGCUGCGCAAGAUGAAGCACGCGGCGAACGUGCAGGUCAACGAGCUCGGCCUGCGCCGCGGGCGGCCGGGCGAGGCCAAGUCGAUGCGCAAGAGCGCCGCGCGCGCGGCCGUGCGCCUGGCCCGCGCCCGCAGCAGGGCGGCGGACGCGCACCUCGAGGUCGCCGACGCCCAGCAGGUCGUCCAGGUGGCCGAGCGGAUGCUCGAGGAGGGCUCCGUCUUCGUGGUCGAGCACAUCUCGCAGCGGAAGGAGCACAAGGGCGCGGCGUGGUCCCUCUGGCAGCUCCCGGCCGCCUCGAGUGCAGCGUCGCUCAUGGCCGAGGCCCAAACGUGCGCGCGGAGCUUCCCGGGGCACGCGGUGCGGAUCACGGCGUACGACACGCUGCGACAGUGCGAACAGACGUCGUUCCUCGUGCAGACGGGCGACGCGUGA